AAGGCUGUGAAGUACGCUCCAGGAUACCAGCUAACAUUUAGUCUGUUCAGCGGAGAUGCAUCCAAUGGUGUUCGUGAAUGGAAGAUACAGGAAGCCAUCAAUGCCUUUUUCGCCCCGUUCUUAAAGAGCAUGUCUGUCAUUUCGACGUUUACAGUAGAAUCGCAAGUGCAACACUACGCUUCAUUGACUUUCGUCCCUCAAUUUGACGCAGAUCGUAAGGAGCAUUAUUUAACACCGGACACCCUUCCAAAUUUUAUUAACGCUGCCGAGUGGAGCCUUGCAUCCACGGUCUCGUCAUUACCUCCACUUAACUUCCUGGCAUAUGUCCCUAAACCAAGCGAGAGUCCUUUAGUGAUCAGGAGCGAGUCUUCAGGCUCUCGCUCUCUCACAAACUCAUUUCUGAUUCCUCGAUGGGGCGGUAUUACUAUCUUGAAUAGGGAGCAUGGCAAUACAUCUUCAACGCCUCAUGUCAUCACCGUACAGGAAUUGGAGCCACCUAUGAAAAUCUUUCUGACACAGUUACGCGAUCUCAUGGGUGUAUCUGAUCUUUCUUUUUCAAAGGCGUCGUUCCCGAUUGUAUUUCACAAGACUGUAAACGGUGCACUAACAACAUGGGAAUUGGAUAGUCUAUUGAGAAGACGGACUGCAGAGAACCUAGUCGAUUCGUUGGCGACGAUUGCAUCACUUGCAAGGCUAGUGAUGGAUACACCCAAUAUGGUUGUGUUGGACCAUAUCCAGAAGGAUGUUAUUAAUGCUUUGAAAGAUGUCGAGCGUUCUUGUCAAAGACUCUCUGAACAAGAUUAUCUUGAAGCAAUAUCAGCAUCAAGAGACGCACUCGUCAAAUCCGAGACUGCUUUCUUUGAUCCAACGAUGGUUUCAAUGCUUUACUUUCCAGACGAACACAAGUAUGCCAUAUAUAUGCCUUUGUUUGUACCCAUCUCGGUACCAUUGGUAAUGGCGGUGCUGAGAGAAUUGAAGAGAUGGAAGGAGAAUAAGAGGAAUACUUCUGACGAGACUAGUAAGACCAAAGUGGAUUGA